GUUGGGCCCGUUUAGACAAUGUAGAAACCUUUUUGUCCAUUCAUUUGUGAAAGCAGCAUUAGGUUUUCAUUUUCCCUCUCUCUCUUUCUCUCUUUCCGGUCGGUCGCUGGCUCCUUCAGUUCCCGUUGGUUCCUUCCACUGUAGCUAGCUGCUGGAGGAGAGUCUUUAUAAUGGUGAGGCUGACUGCUGACCUAAUCUGGAAAAGCCCUCAUUUCUUCAACACCAUUAAAGACCGCGAAUUAGAUCUCAGAGGCAACAAAAUUUCUGUUAUUGAAAACUUAGGUGCUACUGAGGACCAAUUUGACACUGUUGAUUUGUCCGACAAUGAAAUUGUCAAAUUAGAAAACUUACCUUUUCUUAACAGAUUGGGUACUCUUCUUAUUAACAACAACAGGAUUACUAGAAUUAAUCCUAAUAUUGGAGAGUUUCUACCCAAUUUACACACACUUGUUCUCACUAACAACAGGAUUGUUAACUUGGUCGAAAUUCAUCCCUUGACCUCCCUACCUAAGUUGCACUUUCUUACUCUUCUAGACAACAACAUUACUAAAAAACCAAAUUAUAGGCUUUAUGUUAUUCACAACCUCAAGUCCCUCCGUGUUUUGGACUUCAACAAAGUCAAAAUUAAGGAACGUUUAGAAGCCAAAAAUUUGUUUGAAUCAAAGGAAGUUAUAGAGGAAGCUCAGAGGGUUCCAGCAAAGGCUGUUUCACCUGUUGAAACUCCAGAUGUUUCAGAUGCUACAGAGGAACAACAGAUACCCAAAGCUACAGCUCCUACUCCAGAGCAAAUUAUUGCUAUUAAGGCUGCCAUUGUUAAUUCACAGACUCUUGAAGAGGUUGCUAGACUUGAAAAGGCACUGAAGUCUGGCCAGCUUCCUGCAGAUAUACAAAGCUUGACUGAUAAUAUAAUGGCUGAUAAUGUCAAUGAAAAACAAGACGCCGAUCUUGGUGAAUCUAAUGAUACACAAGAGCAGAAAAAUACUGAUUCUACUGCAAUGGAACAAGACUAGAGUGAGGAGCAUUGUGCAGUUCACUUUAAUGUCGGGUUCUUGAAUCAAAAUCUUGGUUAUUUUUGUGUACUUUUCUGUUUCUUAGCUGGUUUGGACUUUAGAGCUGGGGGUUUCAAUUCCCCUCUUGGUGAAUAGCUGCUUUUAGCAUUUACAUAUGUAUUAAUAUUUUUAUUUUCAUGUCAUGAACCUGUGUAUUAAAUUUAGUUGUCUUUACAACUUGAAUGAAUUGUUAGAGCUUUUUUGGCCCACAGCCAGGAA